UGUUGUUGUUGUUUAACAACCCCUUUUUUCUUAUUUUCUUUCGUUUUUCUGGGGGGUUCUUCUUUAAUGGGAUUGAAUUUCAAUUGAACUUGAAAUUUCUCCUUUUUUGUUAGGUUUUUAAAGCAAAAAAUCGAUUCAUGGGGGUAUUUCUAUUCCGGAAUUUUUUUCCCAUUUCCUGUGAUUAAUAUUGCGGGUUCUAUUGUUUGCUUUCGACCUAAUUAAAAGGUGAAAUUUCUUGCAAAUUUUUUCAAUUUUGUUUUUUGUAAAAUUUGGGAUUAAUUUCUCCCUAAUUCAGUUUUGCAAUUUUGGGAAUUUUGUUCUUGAUGGACGACAACUUUCACCGACGUGGUUUAGUGGCACAUGCACCUCCCCCUGGCCACUUUGUACGCUUGCAAGGACACUCUCAAGACGAUUUGAGUUUGAGAAGGCCAGUAUCAAGAAUGCGGAGGUGGCUUUGUUGUACUUGUCAUGUUGAAGAGUCUUAUCCAUCAAAUGAUGAGCCCCUCAAAAGCCCAAGGAACAAUGCGGAAAGAGCCCCUAAAAAGCCUGCAGCACCUAUAAAGGAAGAUGUGCAGAAGACAACACCACCACCAAUUGAAGUACCCGUCUUGUCUCUGGACGAGUUAAAGGAAAAAACCGAUAACUUUGGAUCCAAAGCGUUAAUUGGUGAAGGUUCCUAUGGAAGAGUGUAUUAUGCUACUUUGGAAAAUGGGAAUGCAGUGGCUGUGAAAAAGCUUGAUGUUUCCCAAGAACCAGAGUCCAAUGUUGAGUUUUUGACACAGGUUUCAAGAGUUUCAAGGUUGAAACAUGAAAACAUUGUUGAGUUGCAAGGCUAUUGUGUAGAGGGAAAUAUGCGGGUGUUGACGUAUGAAUUUGCUACCAUGGGAUCCUUGCAUGAUAUCUUGCAUGGCAGGAAAGGUGUGCAAGGUGCUCAACCUGGUCCAGUGCUCGACUGGAUGCAGCGAGUAAGAAUUGCUGUUGAUGCCGCAAGGGGAUUGGAAUACCUCCAUGAGAAGAUUCAGCCAGCUAUUAUUCACAGAGAUAUUAGAUCUAGUAAUGUCCUCUUGUUUGAGGAUUUCAGAGCCAAGAUUGCAGAUUUUAACCUUUCAAAUCAGGCCCCUGAUAUGGCUGCUCGUCUUCAUUCCACCAGAGUUUUGGGCACCUUUGGCUAUCAUGCACCGGAGUAUGCAAUGACUGGACAGUUGACGCAAAAGAGUGACGUGUAUAGUUUUGGUGUGGUUCUUUUGGAGCUAUUAACAGGACGCAAACCCGUGGAUCAUACAAUGCCUCGUGGUCAGCAAAGUCUUGUUACUUGGGCAACUCCAAGGCUGAGUGAAGACAAAGUUAAGCAGUGUGUUGAUCCCAGAUUGAAGGAUUACCCUGCAAAAGGAGUGGCUAAGUUGGCUGCUGUUGCAGCUCUAUGUGUUCAAUAUGAAGGUGAAUUUAGGCCAAACAUGAGCAUCGUUGUCAAAGCACUCCAGCCGUUACUAAAGCCACCAGCUCCAGCUCCAGCUCCUGCACCAGUUCCAGCUCCAGAGGCAACUUAAAAGAGGGAAUAGUUACUGUCAAGUUGAUUGCGUUGAUUGUGUUAGAUAAUUUCUACAGCUGUUUGGAUUCUCUUGUUCCUUGACUCUUGGCCGGCUUUUGUUCAUCACCAUAUAUAUCCGAUUUUUUUUCUUCAUAAUUCGUUGUUGAGUUUGUUGGUUUGGAUGUGGGGAAAAAAAAGAGUUUGAUGUCUAGGAAAUCCGGUAUAAGUCUUUUUUGCGCUUAUACGGGUUUCACGGCUAUUUGUAUGAAAAAGAAUAGCGACAAUAUGAUCAAACUCAUAUUUUGAAAAUGGCAAAAGGCGGAUUCUUUCAUGUGCA